UUGGAGAGAGGAGAGGCUGUAUAGCAAGUAACUUUACCGCGUCGGCCCGCUUCUUGCGCAGCGGAGGUCACUGGAUAAUUAUAUGGUUUCCAGAGGGAUUUUCGCCCCGGUCGUCAUGGUGUACCGCUUUUAAAUCCACGGUCGAUGACACCUGCGUUUUUUUUUUUGUCUUGAAGUUUCGCCGAACGCGAACAGUUGGGUCGGCAUUCCCUUUUCUCCAGAGUCCAGACACGCACCGUUUAUCAGAGAGGGAGAGACGGUCCCCGUUGGUCCUACCCGCUGUCUUUACGCGUAGCUCAACAUGCGAACUAUUCUCUAGCCAGGUCAAACAUACACUGCCUACUUUUCCCGGUGUUGUUGUUUAUCUGGAACUUCGGGGAACCAAUAAUUAUAUUUGAGAAUCGGUGUGAUUUGAUCUAGAAAGAUACUGCAUUCAGCACCGUUGGAUUUAAUGUCUUGUAUGCAUGCGGUGAACAUGGGUUUAGGAUGGAUCUUCGUAGCCGCUUUGGCUGGAAUUCUCACCGCCACUCCAGGAAUACAAGGAGCAUGUGUCUAUCAGGGAUCUCUGUUUGCGAACAACACCUUGUGGAGACCAGACUCCUGUCAGGAGUGUCAAUGCUUCAGUGACAUCACCGUCUGUCAACUUGCUACCUGCCUCAACCCACACUGUGACUACCAGAGGGGAGAGCGGUUGAGGAUUCCUCCCAACCAGUGUUGUCCAGAGUGCCUGCCCUCCUCCCAGGGCUCAUGUCAGCAUGAUGAAGCUGUUUAUGGGCAUGACAGUCAGUGGAGUGCCUCCCAGUGCCAGGUGUGUGUGUGUUCUGAGGGUAGUGUAUCCUGUAGACAGAGACCCUGUCCUCCUCUCAGCUGCCCCCCAGACCAGACCGCCUUCACCCCCGCCGGAGACUGCUGUCCCAAGUGUGCCCGUCGUGGAGCAUCCUGUUCCUGGGAGGACCAUGAGUACAGGGAUGGGGAGGAGUGGAGGCCCAGCCCGUGCUCUAAGUGUGUGUGUAGGAACGGACGACCUCAGUGCUUCACCGCAGAGUGUCAGCCUGUCGCCUGCAAACAGCAUGAGAGUCUGGUGAUCCAACCUGGACAGUGCUGUCCACAGUGUCUACCCACCUCCUGCCUGUCUGCUGGGAGGGAGCACAAGCAUGGUGAGCAGUGGCAGAAGAGCGGCUGCACCAGGUGUGUGUGUGAUCGUGGCCAGUCUCGCUGUCACACACACAUCUGUCCACCCAGGACCUGUGAGGAGGGCCAGACCAAAGUGAAGAGGGCGGGGCAGUGUUGUGACGACUGUGUUGCCGCCAAGGGCAGCUGCCUGUACGAGCUCACCGUCCGUUACCACGGUGACAUGUGGAACGGCACCGACUGCGAGUUCUGCACCUGCGAGAGAGGACAGGUCCUCUGCCAGAGAGCCCAGUGUGCCCGAGUCGAAUGCCCGACGGGUUCAGAGCUGGUCCACCUACCAGGGAAGUGCUGUCCUGAGUGUCAGUCCAUGAAGACCUCCUGUGUCUACCCAGACCCUGAUCUGUCCUCAGGGAAAUCUCAGAGAUCACUAGCGAACCUGGAGAGAUGGAAUGAGGGCCCCUGUAGGGAAUGUGAGUGUCGUGAAGGCAGGGUGACCUGCUACCUGAUGUCCUGUCCCACCUGCCCCCUGGGGACCCUGGCUGUACCCCACCAGGGAACCUGCUGCCCUGAGUGUAAACAGGUCCAGUGCCAGAGUGACUGCCUGUCUUGCUUGGGGACCCCUGACCACUGUGAGAGGUGUAAGGACUCUACCGCUCUGCUUCUGGACGGACGCUGUGUGUCCAUCUGUCCUCGCGGUUACUACGCCGAUGGAAAAGUGUGUGCAGCCUGCCAGUCGUCCUGUGCCACCUGUGAGAAUGACUUUGAGUGCUCGUCCUGUGGGGGGUCCUUGCUAUUAAACAACAGGCACUGCGUGGCCACCUGUGACCCGGGGUCCUACCAGGACCCCACUCAGUGCCUGCGUUGCCAUGCAUCCUGUUCAGUGUGCUCAGGGCCGAGCCAGCAGGACUGUGUGUUGUGUUCUGACCCGUCCCACCUGCUCAGAGAUGGACUCUGUGUCCCAGACUGUGGAUCAGGCUUCUACAUCCAACAAGGCACCUGUUAUGCGUGCGACUCAUCCUGCAUCACCUGUUACCCCGACAACCCCAACUGCAUGAGCUGCCCCCCGGGCUCUGCUAUGCAUCAUGGGAAAUGUAUUUCCCACUGUCCGGAUCAGCAUUACCUUGACAGUCAUGGCCACUGCAGAGCCUGUCACAGCUCCUGCUGGUCCUGCUCCGGCUCCGCUGUGUCCCAGUGUUCCCUCUGCACCCAGGGACUGUCCUUCCACCAGGGCCAGUGUCUGGAGGCCUGCGGACAGGGGCUGUACCAUCAGGAUGGGACCUGCCUCAACUGCCACCCAUCCUGUAGGACAUGUGUGGGUCCCCUGUCCUCUGACUGUCUGAGGUGUCUGAAACCAGAGCAGGCCCUGCAGCCACGGACCAGUCCGCCUCACACACCACUACCUCACGGAGUGUGUGUGGCCCAAUGCCCUGCCCCAUUCUACCUGGACACACAACACACAUGCAGAGAAUGCCACACUUCCUGUUUACAGUGCACAGGAGGAAGUAGUCAGAACUGUACUUCCUGUUCCCCGCCCUACGUCCUCCAGGAAGGCCAGUGCGUCUCCAGAUGUCCCCCAGGACACACCGUCCAGGACAACACCUGCCAAGGGUGCCACCCGUCCUGCCAGGAGUGUUCAGGUACAUCCCAGGCUGACUGUGUGUCCUGCUCCCCCCUGGCCAACUUCAACAACGGCUACUGCAGGACUAGCUGUCCAGAUGGACUGUUCUUACACCCCCAAGGAUUCUGCCAGGAAUGCAGCAGUAAUUGCCAGCGCUGUGUGGCAGACCUCCAGACGGGCACUGGCAGUGUGUGUCUGUGGUGUAAGAUUGCUAGGACCCUGUUGCUGGGAGACCACUGUGUCACCCACUGUCCCCAAGGUCACUACCCCUGGCACGGAGCCUGUAAGAGAUGCCAUGUUUCCUGUGAGGGUUGCAGUGGGGAGUGGCCUCUGUCCUGUACCUCCUGUCCCUCCCCCAGCGUUCUACUGACCUCAGGGCUCUGUGGCCCCGCCUGCCCCUUGGGUUACUAUGCCGACAGAGACAGACGCUGCAGAGCCUGUGACGGUCAUUGUCUGUCCUGUGAGCUGAGCGGCGUGUGUACGGCGUGCCGUGACCCGGGAAAGGUUCUGCUGUUUGGAGAGUGCCGGUAUGACAGCUGUGCCUACCAGUACUACCUCAACACCACCACGCGCACCUGCAGAGAGUGUGACUGGAGCUGUAAUGAGUGUAAGGGUCCUCUGCGUACUGACUGCCUGCAGUGUAUGGAGGGACAUGUUCUGCAGGACGGACUCUGUGUCCAGGGCUGCUCCUCAGGGUCCUACCAGGAUGGAGAGAGAUGCCUCAGUUGUGAUGAGCAGUGUGAGGGAUGCCAGGGCCCAGGUCAGUGUGGGCGGUGCCAGCCUCCCUAUGCCACCCUGCGGGGUCGCUGUGUGCUGGAGUGUGGAAGGAACUACUUUCUGGACUCCACUCUACAGUUUUGUACAUCAUGCUCUGCUGACUGUGUGGAGUGUGAGGGGAUGGGUCGUUGCACCGUUUGUAGACAGAACACCUACCUAAGAGAAGGAUACUGCACUCCGGACUGUGGACACGGUUUCUAUGCCGAUAAGAAGACCGGGACAUGCCAUGCUAACAGCCAGGCUCCAACCCUGCGUAUCAGUGGAUCUCUGUUGGUGCCCAUUGGGGGAACCAAACCCCUGGUCACCACCCUAAUCUCUGCCCAUGACCAAGACAGCCCUCCAGAGAGGCUGGUGUUCCAGCUGCUGCAGCCCCCCACGACAGGCUGUGUGGUUGUCCUGGAGGAGGGCAGGGAGACAGAGUUGGCCCGGGACGACACUUUCUCCUGGGCUCAGCUAGAGAGCGGACAGGUCCGCUUCACACAUGACAAGGACAAGGCCAGGAGUGGACAGUUCUCCCUGCGUGUGACUGACCCUCAGCUCUUCUCCCGACCAGAGAUGAUACAGGUCCAGGCAGUGUCCAUGCAGGCCCCGCAGAUUCUCACCCUCAAUCCUUUGCUGGUGGACGGAGGAAAGACGUCGGUCAUCUCCAAGACCGUGCUUCAGAUUGACGACCCAGACAACCCUCAGGACGUCCUGGUCACGGUUCUGGACCCGCCCCAACAUGGCCGUCUGACCCGUCUCCACGGCGACCGGGCGCUGAGCCAAUUCAAGAUGGAGGAGUUGUCACGGGAACAUGUGCAGUACCUCCACGACGGGUCGCUGGGGAAACGGGACAGGAUACUGCUACAGGUCAACGAUGGACACAGCUACCAGAACAUUCUACUGCAGAUCAACAUCACUCAGAAGCUUACCAAUGCUCCUCGUGUUCUGUCGGUGCCCGGCACGUGGGUGAGAGAGGGAGGCAUGGUACGGUUGGGGAAGAGGUAUCUGAGGACAGAUUAUCACGGUGCCAGCGAUGACCAGAUCGUCUACACCAUAGUGCGCUCCAAAGGAAGCCCCAAAUAUGGUAAAGUGGUGUUGGUGCCCAUGCCAGCCGACGGCCCGGUGGAAGGUUGGCAGCCCUCGCCCGAUGACAGGAGCUCUACCCCAACCUCCUCCUUCACUCAGCAGGAUGUGAAUGAGGGCACUGUGUGGUACAAACACUUUGGCUCUGCCGGGGCCAGUGGGCCUCAAGGAGACACCUUACAGUUCCAGGUGACCAGUGAGGGUUCUCCAGACACGCUGAGUGAUGAUCAGACCUUCACCAUCGGAGUGAUGCCUGAACUCCCAGGGUUCCCCCAGCUAGCACCUGCCUGUGACCUACAGAUGACUGCUCUGGAAGAUCGUGUGACCGUGCUAACACCCACAGAUUUGUCCUUUGUGGACUCUGAGACUCCCAGUGAAAAGCUGGUCUACAACAUCACCAGACCCCUACCUCAGGAACAAGGUUCUGUGGAACAUCGUGACAGACCCUACAACUCAGUGUCCUUCUUCACCCAAGCUGACGUUAACCAGGGCCGGAUCCUGUACCGCCCUCCGCAGGCCCCCUCUCACCUCCAGGAGCACUACCAAUACUCCUUCACUGUGUCAGAUGGGGAACACACUACUCCAGAGAUGGGCUUUUCCAUCCACCUGUUGGCCAGCCACCAGCAGCCCCCCGUCUUCCAGAUCAUAGAGCCUGUUCUGGAGGUCAGCAUGGGGGGGAGAACCCGUAUAGGUGGGCAGCAGCUGGCAGUAACGGAUGCAGACACAGCGUCUGAUGACUUGAGGUUUGAGGUGGUGGAAGGACCGAUCCGUGGAACACUGGUCAAGAUGGAGUUGGACUCAAGGACUGAGAUGAUGAAUGGUGACAUGUUUUCCUUCAGUGAUGUGACCCACAACGUUCUGCAUUAUGAACAUUCCGGACUCUCCACUGACGAGGACGCCAUCACCUUCGCUGUUACAGACGGCUUCUCCAUGACGACGGCGGUGGUGCAGGUGGUUGUGUUGGGCGUCGGGGGCGACGGGCCCAGGAGAGACCCAGAGGCCCUGCUGUCCAUGGAGGUUCCUGAGAACAGUAGUAGUGUCAUCAGACGCACACACCUGGGCUAUAUGAGCGACACCUCUCCAGAUGAGAAGAUACGAAUUCAGCUGGUGUCAGUUCCUAUGUACGGCAUCCUGACCAGGACGGGGUCAGACUCAGACCACCAGGACAUGACAGAGUACUCCUCUUUCACUGUGGACGACAUCAACAAACACAGAAUCAGGUACAUCACUUCCUUUGAGACAGGAAACCAACCAGUGACAGACAUCUUCCAUUUCAUUGUUUACGACGGUGAAAACAAUCGCCUUGACAACCAGAUGUGCACCAUCACCAUCACCUCUAAGGGGACACAGCCUCCAGUGGUCGCUGUCCGCAGUGGCGUCAAGGUCCAGGGAGGAGGACGAGUCCAGCUGUCAACCAAUCACAUCGAUGUAUCAGAUCUGGACACACCCAACAAGGAUCUGCUGGUUUGGAUGAUCAGCAAGCCCAAAUAUGGCUUCAUUGAGAACACAAUAGGAAGAGUGGGCUUGAUGGGCGGUUCAAAUACCCUCAUCAUCAGUCCAGAGGUUCCCUUCUCCGUGGACGACCUGACCACGGACCACAUCUUCUACGUUCAGAACGUCCAGAACACGGACCACCACUGUCAGGACACCUUCUCCUUCUACAUAAGUGAUGGGUCCAGUCAGACAGAGGCCUUCAAUGUCCAAAUAGACAUACAGCAGAGUAAAGAGGAGAAGGUCCCAGUGGUGUCAGUGAACAGGGUCCGGGUGGAGGGAAACUCAGGAGUGGUCAUCACUAACUCCUCGCUCAACGUCCUGGACCAGGACACACCAGACAACGACAUCAUCAUCACCGUCGCCAAGCCACCUACCUAUGGCAAGCUGCGUAGACGCCAGUUCUACUCCCAGCCUCUGGAGAACAGUCUGGUUCUGUCCCAGGGUUCCACGUUCACCUACCAGGACGUGUUGGAUCUGCUUCUGGUGUACACCCCUGAUUUGGCCAGCGGGGGCAGUGACGAGCUAGCCUUCUCCCUGACCGACGGCAUCCACACCAGCGCCGGGCGGCUCACCUUCACCGUCGACGUCAGGAAGACUGAAGGGCCAAGGAUGUCAGGCGCAGCGUCUAAGAUCACUGAGCAGAACCUGAAGGGAUCAGAUUCCGAACCAGACAGCCUGAAGAUGAGGUACGUCCUGAUCAAAGAUCCUCCUGUAGGAAGACUACAGCUUUCUAAAGGAGGAGGACAGGACGCGGUGGCUGUAAAAGGACCUGUCAAGAGCUUCACACAGGAGGAGGUCAACAAAGAGGACCACCUGCCUCCCUCUGUGGUAGUGAAUAAGGGUCUGGUGUUGGAUGAGAACUCAGUGAAGAAGCUGACUACUCUCCAGCUGUCAGCUACAGACCAGGACAGUGAGCCUGGAGAACUGCUGUACCGCAUCACCAAGCAGACUGCACUGGGACACCUGGAGCACGCCAGCACCCCAGGAAGCCGAAUUACUUCCUUCUCCCAGGCUGACCUGGCUUCACGUAGCAUCACGUACGUUCACACCAGCGAAGAAGAGAAGCACACAGACGAGUUCUCAUUCAUAGUAUCUGACGGGGCUAAUGAGGUUGCCCAGACGUUCUACAUCACCAUCCGGCCGGUGGAUGACUCCCUCCCCCUGCUGGUGGUUCCUGGGAUGAGGAUUCAGGAGGGGGUCAGGAAGACCAUCACUGAGUUUGAACUGAAAGCCACUGACGCUGACACAGAGGAGGAGUCCAUCACCUUCACCGUAGUUCAGGCCCCCCGUCACGGCACCAUGGAGCGGACCAACAACGGACAGCACUACCGUCAGACCAACAGCUUCACCAUGGACGACGUCUACCAGAACAGAAUCAGCUACAACCACGAUGGAUCCAACUCACUGAAGGACAGAUUCACAGUCACUGUAGCUGACGGGACUAAUGUCUUCUUUAUGGUGGAGGAGGCAGGCAAGGAGGUGUUGACUGCUGCACCCCAGAUGUUUAAGAUUGACAUUCUACCUGUUAAUGAUGGAACACCUCGUAUCGUCAUAAACCUGGGUCUGCAGUGGCUGGAGUACACGGACAACAAGGCCACCAACCUGAUCAGUAAAAAGGAGCUGUUGACCAUAGACCCAGACACAGACGAUGGUCAGCUGGUCUAUGAGGUCACAGCAGAGCCUAAACAUGGCUUCCUGCAGAGCAAACUGAAACCUGGCGCUCCCAUCACCACCUUCACACAAGCUGACGUUAACCUGGGCUUGAUCCGCUACGUGCUCUUUGAAGAGAGCGUGACAGAGACCGUGGACAACUUUAAGUUCCUGGUGAAGGACGGCAAGCCCAACGUUGUCUCUGAUAACCUGUUCCAUAUCCAGUGGUCCCUCGUCAGCUUCCAGCACAGGAGCUACAAUGUGAGUGAGAAGGCUGGCACGGUGUCAGUCACAGUGAAGAGGACGGGUAACCUGAACCAGUAUGCCAUCGUGCUGUGUCGUACGGAGCAGGGCACUGCCACCUCUACCUCCAGUGUGGGCUCUCUCCCCGGACAGCACGACUACGUGGAGUACGCUGGGCAGGUCCAGUUUGAUGAGCGGGAGGACACCAAGGUGUGUACCAUAGAGAUCCAGGACGACAAGGUGUUUGAAGGUGUGGAGAGUUUCCAGAUGGAGCUGAGCAUGCCCGUCUACGCCCUCCUGGGUCAGGUGACCCGCGCCAGCGUCAACAUCAACGACACAGAGGACAAACCCACGCUGCAGUUUGACAAGAAGACCUACCACGUCAACGAGAGUACCGGCUUCAUACAUGCCCCUAUAGAGAGGAAAGGUGACACCAGCAGUACGGUCUCGGCUCUCUGUUACACGGCCCCUAAGUCAGCUAAGGGUAGCAGUCCACACGGCCUGGAGUCUGGGUCUGACUAUGAGAGUCGAGGUAUGACUGGCGACAGCAGGGUCAUCUUCGGCCCCGGCGUCUCCGUGUCCACCUGCGACGUCAAGCUCAUCGACGACAGCGAAUACGAACUCUCCGAGGAGUUUGAGCUCCACCUGUCGGACGCCUCGGAUAACACCCGCAUGGGCGAUGUCAGCGUGGCGACGGUGGUCAUCGACGGGCCAAAUGAUGCUUCGACGGUAUCCCUGGGAAACGCUACGUUUACGUUCAGCGAGGACGCCGGCACCAUAGAGAUCCCAGUGAUGCGUCAGGGCAGUGACCUGUCGUCAGUGACCUCUGUGUGGUGCGCCACGCGCCCCUCUGACCCCCCCUCCGCCACCCCCGGGGUCGACUACAUCCCCUCCUCCAGGAGGGUGGAGUUCAAAGCCGGAAAGACUGUGGAGACGUGCAGUCUGACCAUCAUGGAUGACAUCCAGAACCCAGCCAUAGAGGGGUCAGAGUCCUUUGUAGUGUUCCUCUCCUCCCCUCAGGGGGCCGUCCUUCUGGAACCUUUCCAAGCCUCCGUGGUCAUCACGGACACCUUGGACCUUCCCAGCAUGCAGUUUGAGAAGACGGCGUACAAGGUGACGGAGAAGGAGGGCGUGCUGAACAUCCCCGUCGUUAGAACGGGAGACCUGACGGUCAAGUCCUCUGUCCGCUGCUUCACUCGCACCGUGUCUGCCAUGGCGAUGGACGACUUCGAGGAGAGGAGGAACGCAGACGACUCGCGUGUCUCCUUCCUCCACGGGGAGAAGGUCAAGAACUGCACGGUGCACAUCAACGACGACUCUGUGUUCGAGCCUGAGGAAGAGUUCCAGGUGCAUCUUGGGACGCCGCUUGGGGACCAAUGGAGUGGAGCCGUGGUGGGAGUUAGUGACAUUGUCACGGUGACCAUCACUAACGACGAGGACGCCCCCACCAUAAAGUUUGAGCAGGCGUCGUACCAGGUGAGGGAGCCUCCCGGGCCAGACGGCAUCGAGGUGCUUCACAUCAAGGUGGUCAGGACAGGAGACCAGGACCGCACCUCCAAGGUCCGCUGUAGCACCCGGGACGGAUCAGCCCAGUCCGGAGUGGACUACAACCCCAAGAGCAGAGUGCUCAAAUUCACCCCUGGCAUGGACCACAUCCUGUUCAAUGUGGAGAUUCUGUCCAAUGAGGACAGAGAGUGGCACGAGUCCUUCUCGUUGGUCCUCGGCCCUGACGACCCAGUGGAGGCGGUGCUUGGAGAGAUCACCACGGCAACAGUCACCAUCCUGGACCAGGAAGCUGUGGGGAGUCUCAUCCUACCGGCCACACCCAUUGUGGUUUCUCUGUCAGACUAUGAUAACGUGGCUGAGGUGUCCAGGGAGGGCAGUAAGAAGCAGCCGUCGUCUGGUUACCCCCUGGUGUGUGUGACGCCCUGUGACCCCCACUACCCCAAAUACUCUGUGAUGAGGGAGCGCUGCGACAAGGCAGGCAUCAACCAGACCUCUGUUCACUUCUCCUGGGAGGUGGCUGCCCCUACAGACACCAACGGGGCCAGGUCACCCUUCGAGACCGUCACUGAUACCACACCAUAUACUGGUGUUAACCAUAUGGUCCUGGACAGUAUCUAUUUCUCUCGCCGUUUCCAUGUACGCUGUGUGGCUCAGGCCCGGGACAAGUCCGGCCACCUUGGAACACCCCUGAGGAGUAACAUAGCAACCGUCAGCACCGAGUGUUCCAUCUGCCACACCCCCGUCACCACGGGAACCGCCAGAGGGUUCCAGGCCCAGUCGUUCAUCGCCACGCUGAAGUACCUGGACAUCAAACACAAGAGGCAUCCGAACCGUAUCCACAUCUCGGUGCAGAUCCCCCACCAGGACGGUAUGCUGCCCCUAGUGUCCAGCAUGCCCCUCCACAACCUGCACUUCCUGCUGUCAGAGUCCGUCUACAGACAACAGCACGUCUGUUCUAACCUGGUCACUCUCAAAGACCUGCAGGGUGUCUCCGAGACGGGUUUCCUGGAUGGUGUCCAGUAUGACAGUAUCUCUCUGGGUCCGGGUUAUGACAGACCCUACCAGUUCAACCCCGGUGUCCGAGAGGCUCAGAGCAUCCGGCUGUAUAAACAUCUCAACAUGAGGAGCUGCAUCUGGACCUUCAAUGCCUACUACGACAUGACAGAACUCAUCGACGUCUGUGGAGGCUCAGUCACUGCCGACUUCCAGGUGAGGGACUCGGCCCAGUCGUUCCUGACGGUGCAGGUUCCUCUCUACGUGUCGUAUAUCUACGUAACAGCUCCCAGGGGCUGGGCUUCUCUGGAACACCACACUGAAAUGGAGUUCUCUUUCUUCUACGACACCGUGCUCUGGAGGACAGGCAUCCAGACAGACAGCGUUCUGUCAGCCAGACUCCAGAUCAUCAGGAUCUACAUAAGAGAGGAUGGCCGUCUGGUUAUCGAGUUCAAAACACACGCCAAGUUCAGGGGCCAGUUUGUCCCAGAACACCACACCCUGCCUGGCCACAAGUCCCACCUGAUGGUCCCGGACCACCUGGGGGGGAUAGAGUUCGACAUGCAGCUCGUCUGGAGCGCCCAGUCCUUUGAUUCUCCCUACCAGCUCUGGAAGGCCACCUCCUCUUACAGCAGGAAGGACUACUCUGGUGAGUACACCGUGUUUCUGAUCCCCUGUACCGUGCAGCCCACCCAGUCCUGGACCGACCCUGGAGACAAGCCUCUGUCCUGCACAGCCCACACCCCAGAGAAGUUCCAGUUACCUAUAGCCUUCCAGCAGACCAACCGGCCCGUCCCAGUGGUAUACUCCCUCAACACUGAGUUUCAGCUGUGCAACAAUGAGAAGGUGUUCAUGAUGGACCCGGCCAUCUCUGACAUAUCCAUGGCUGAGAUGGACUACAAGGGAGCAUUCUCUAUGGGCCAGACGCUGUACGGCAGAGUGCUGUGGAACCCAGAGCAGAACCUGAACGCAGCCUACAAGCUGCAGCUGGAGAAGGUGUACCUGUGUACGGGACGUGAUGGAUACGUGCCUUUCUUCGACCCCACAGGGACUCUGUACAACGAGGGCCCUCAGUACGGCUGCAUCCAGACCAACAAACACCUCAAACACAGGUUCCUGAUUCUGGAUCGGAAGCGGCCUGAAGUCUGUGACAGGUUCUUCCAUGAUGUUCCCUUCGAGGCCAACUUUGCAUCGGAUAUCACCGAACUACAGACCAUGACAGCCAUGCCUGGUGUUGAUGGUUUUACCAUGAAGGUUGAUGCCCUGUACAAGGUGGAGGCGGGACAUCAGUGGUACCUGCAGGUGAUCUAUGUGAUUGGUCCAGAGUCCAUCUCCGGCACCAGGAUCCAGCGUUAUCUGACCCGUCAGCUUGCACACAGCAGCGACAUGGUGCGGGCUCGCAGGGACCUGACCAAUCAGCUGAGGCGAAGCAUCGCCUACAGCCGCGCUCGCCGGGACCUGGUGGACCAAAGCGGGCAUCUCACCCUCGACGAGUCUCUGAUCUAUGAUAACGAGGGCGACCAAACGAAGAAUGGAACCAACAUGAAGAUUCUCCGACUCGUGGUCCCCGUUGCCUCCACUUUUAUCCCCCAGAUGGGAGGAUCUACGGGCCGGGGCGUGGCUGCGCUGACCCUGCUGGUCCUCGUCCUGCUGGGUUCCUUUUUACUCUUCAGGAAGUGCCGACGGUCGGCUGGAAAGAAGCCGUCCAAGAUGGCGGAGGAGUACCCUCUGAACACCAAGGUAGAGGUCUAUCUAGAGAAGACCCUGGAGAAGAACUUCAGCUCUAAACACUGCACAGUCAGGAACAUCAACCUCAACAUCAACCGGAAUCACGACAACGUCAACUCUAAGGUCAACGGAGGGGCAAAGGUCAACGGAGCGGCGAAGGUCAAGCAGGUCAACCUGGAGGUCAAGCUCCACAACAACCUCGACCACGACGGCACUGAGGUCUGAGGAUCUCCCGCCUCCCUCCGGUGUUUCCCCUAGCUAGAUUAUUUUUCUAGACAGGGCGACAAAGGCCCCCUUAAAAGUAAGACCCUGGUCCUCCUCCUCAACGUGUCAGUUCAUACCAGUAGAAGUAGCAGUUCUACACUCCACCUACUCAUAGGGGAAACAUUGUGAAAAAUAUCCUGAAAUUAAGGAGUAUUUAAUGACAAAUCUAAAAUAAAUCUGGUUUGGAGUUCUGGAAUAAUAUAUUGUUCGCUAAUGUAUUUUAAUACGACCUUGACGUGAGAUAAAAAAAAAAAAUUGAAACACGUUUUUGACGGCCAGCUAUGCAGCAUUUAUUCAAAUCAUUUCACACCUGGGCUACCUCAGGAAUAGAGGAAUGAGUGAACUAUCGCAUAAGACAGGAUUAAGUUUUUCCUCAUUUAAAAAAAAAAAAUGAAUCGUCAUCGUUGAACGACGACCAGAGACUUUGGGAUCAGUCAGGUGAAAUCUGCUGCCUUGUUUUUCAACAACAACGGCAAAAUGAUCAAUGUACGCUAGGUAGCUAACAUCGCCAAACUGAUCACUGUACGCUAGGUAGCUAGCAUCGACAAAAUGAUCAAUGUACGCUAGGUAGCUAACAUCGCCAAACUGAUCAAUGUACGCUAGGUAGCUAACAUCGCCAACAUGAUCAAUGUACGCUAGGUAGCUAACAUCGCCAAAAUGAUCAAUGUACGCUAGGUAGCUAACAUCGCCAACAUGAUCAAUGUACCCUAGGUAGCUAACAUCGCCAAAAUGAUCAAUUUACGCUAGGUAGCUAACAUCGCCAAAAUGAUCAAUGUACCCUAGGUAGCUAACAUCGCCAAAAUGAUCAAUGUACGCUAGGUAGCUAACAUCGCCAAAAUGAUCAAUGUGCGCUGCUAGGUAGCUAACAUCGCCAAACUGAUCACUGUACGCUAGGUAGCUAACAUCGCCAAAAUGAUCAAUGUGCGCUAGGUAGCUAACAUCGGCAAAAUGAUCAAUGUACGCUAGGUAGCUAACAUCGCCAAAAUGAUCAAUGUACGCUAGGUAGCUAACAUCGCCAAA